AUGGACAAAGUCUGGGAGUCUUAUGAUGAGGACACCAAAUCCCAUGUCACCAACCAGCUCAAGGAAUAUCUCCUCGAACUUCGGCAGAUCAGCAACGGUAGCUACAUAGGCUCAGCUAAUUCUGGCCCUGUUACCGACCCGAUCUUGGAAAGUUAUCAUGACCAUUCGACUCAGAAGAAGCUUUCAAUAGUGCAAUUAUCGAUGCCUAUCAAUCCAAGCCACCAAAAUGAUAGACCAAGAAUUUCUUAUCUGAUCGUGUUCACCCACAGAGACCUACGCCUUCACAAUAUCAUGGUAAACGAUGGAUCUGUCAGCGGGGUUCUGGAUUGGGAGUUUAGUGGCUGGUAUCCGGAAUACUGGGAAUUCUCAAAGGCUCUCUAUAUCUGGAAAUGGCAAAAUGAUUGGACGGACUACCUGGUACAGAUUCUUCAGCCGUCUUAUGCUGAAUAUGCGGUUUUUGAUAAGACAUAG